AUGCAUCAAUUCCAGCACCACACCCUUGUGCCUCAGAUACGCAAGUCCCUGCUGGACGGAUCGGAUCGUGUUGGAGGUGCAACGCCUGUUGUGUCUGCACCACAACUAUACUUUGCAAGGCGGCGACCAAGCUCGCACAAAGCUUGGGGUUGCCAGGCUAGUUCUCAAAACAACAUCACGUACGUUCGGCUGAUGCGUGCCCCGCUUUUUUGGAGUCUUUGGUAGAUGCAAAGAAGGCAAGGCAUACUGGGACGAACGAUCGAGCUGGGCGUAA